UUUCUCUCCCUCCUCAACACCACCGACGCGCACCUUCAGUUUGACGGAAGGUGGAGAGGAGACAUGUCGUGUGGCCAUAUGUUCUCGCCGUUGAACGUCAGCACUGGUGUCCCACCCGAAACCCCAGAGCAGCUGAUCGCAGACAGCUUGAGGCUCGUGGGCAGCACGACCGUCUGCGGAACUUUCUAUGGCUUUAUGACCGCCUGCGCUGGCGCCUGUGUCUAUCAAACAUUGAAUUCUCACAAACCACUCCGUCGCUCCGGGUUGCGCACCGCAUUUCAGCUGUUGUUCGUCGGUCUGCUCUGGCUGUGCGGUACGAUCGUUGUUGUGGCUUUGGCGCAGGACGUAGAUACGGUAUACGUCCGGAACAGGCUACUCGAACCAGGCCCGCACGCGUAUAACGACUUCAAGUUAAUACCUGUGUUUGUGCUGGAUACGGCGUACUAUGUGUCAAUGGUCCUGGCGGAUGGUGUCAUGGUAUGGCGAUUCAAGGUCAUCUGGCAUAACUGGCCGCUUCGUCGCACGCUUUUUGCCCUUGUCUCCCUUAUAUACGCACUGUCGAUAGUGGCCUCCCUCGUCUCGGUGAUUGUCGCUUCUCUCGACUGUUCCGAUUGCCCCAAAAUAUUGGGUCAAAGCAUCGAGCUGGGGUUUACGUCUUCCGUAGCACUUAAUGUCCUUACCACUGCCCUGAUGGCCAGCAAACUGUACAGGUUCCGCAAUCGCAUCAUCAAAGCGCCCAUGUCAGAUUCCAGCCCUUCGCUUUACGCCAACAUCGCCUCGAUGCUCGCCGAGUCCUGCGCCCUCUAUACCAUUUUUUCUGUCCUUUUCAUCGUUCUGAACACAAUGCACCACGCAGGGAAGUAUGUUGUCUUUGGUGCGCUAUCUCAGGUCCAAGUCAUUGCACCUUUGCUCGUCGUGCUUCGACUCUCGAGCGGGAAAGCAUGGCGCGAGGAGCAGGACGCGUGUGUUGGAGCUGCCUUGGAGGGUCAAAACACACUUGUGUUUUCGCGGACCGUCUUGGCUAGUGCCAUAGCCGUUGAGGGAGGAGAGCUUGGAGGUGGAGAGACUGUCGACCGAAUGACUGGAGGUAACGCGGGCCAGAGCGAAGUAGCGUCGCCCAUGAACGGAGGAGCAAUGCAGAGGGAUCACAACAGAGGUAUGACUCACGGGUCGACGACGUGCCUUGAGUCCGAGGGGCAUGAAAUGCGAAGUAUGGGCUGUGACACUUCGGAGACGCUUGGUGUUGGAGGACCAUCAAAUGGAGGAUGUGGAGAAGGUCUUGUGGGAAAGUCGAGGUUAUUUGCGUCAUUAUAAUGUUAGUGCAUGAACAACUUCUUCACAGAACGAUAUCCGUAGCAUAUUUCACUACCUACCUAGUUACCCAGCUAAUUCUCUUAGUACUAAAGACUAUGAUAGCCACGAGACCACCAUAUCUUCUCUAUUAUCAUAUACAGCACUCAACUUAUC